CGCUGCUCGGAGAUCCGAGCCGCGAUCCAGCCAGGCCGGAAGCCCUAGUCCCACUGCUUCCAUAGACUGAACCAGAAGGCUACUGCACAGCCUCAGAUGGAAAUAUUGUAGGAUUUUCACUCUAGCCACAUGGUUUAUUUCAGAUUUUGAUUUUAAAUGGGCGUCGCACUCGGCCCUCCUUGUGUUUUGUGUUUUUAUAAUUUAUUGUUAUGCAAGGAUUUAACAUACCAAAAAGAUGAUCGGGGGCUACGUUUUUGGCUGGGGAAGCCUGCGAUCGACUGAAAGCAACACAUAGAUCUGAAGGAAAGGAUUAUUAUAUGGGUUGCAUUUGAUUUUCCUGACCUGCCAUAUCCGGAUUUCGGAUUACUCAACAUUCUUCGGGAUGGAAGGACGGGAUUUCGCUGCUCCGGCGCACCUCCUAUCAGAGCGGGGCGCCCUGGUGCACCGAGCCGCCUCUCGGAUCGCUCCCUCGGGCCACAGCUCUGUGCAGCAUGCCGGUCACUUCCCGCCGGGAAAAUAUUACCCCUCGCACAUACCAAUGGCUCCCCACUCAGGCAGUGGAUUGAUGGGCAAUUCCUCCGCCUCCUUCAUGGGGACCUUUCUGGCCAGUAGUCUGGGUACCCCCCCUUCCCACCCGUCUCACCCUUCCCGGCCGCCCUCCUCGCCCUCCUCACCCUCCUUCCGGGGCGGACCCCACUCCAGCGCCUCGCAAAUCUGGUUUCCCCAUUCGCAUGAAGCAGCUCCAGGGUAUCCUCGAUUCUCAGGGAGUCUGGCCCACACUUUCCUUCCCAUGAGCCACUUGGAUCACCAUGCCAACAGUGGAGUUCUCUACGGGCAGCACCGUUUCUAUGACACCCAAAAAGAGAAUUUCUAUCUUCGAGGUCUCCCGUCCCAGCCACCUCUCAUCUCCGCCAAUCACAGUCUGCCACCAAUGUCCAGGGCAGGUUCAGGACACUCUCAGGGGUCCUGCAGCAGAGACAGAGAUCCGGGGGUAGGGACAGGUCUACAUAAGGGUCUUAAAGAGGGUUCUGUAGAGAGAGGAGUGGUAUCUGUCAAGGACAAGGAGAGGUCCAGUAGCAAACAGGAAGCAAAGGAGAGACAGCAGCAGCACCAACAGCACCACAGCCACCAGCCACCCCAGCCCACACACCACCAUCAUUCCCACCCCCAUCAGCAGCACCCACACUAUCCACAGCACCCACUACCUUUGGAGGAGGUCAACAGUCGGGCCCUGGAGAGACACAAGGCAUCACUCACGAUGGAGUACAGCAAGGAACACCCUCAGAGUAUGGGCAAGCCCCUCAGUGCCUGCCUGCACAAUGGCAAGAUGCAAAAUGGAGAUGCAGGAACUGGAACAGGGGCUAAGGCCUCCAUGUCCAGCUGUGGGGGGGAGGGCACAGCCCUUGGGUCUAUGGGGGGUGGGGGGAGCAGCCAGGGCAGACAUAUGGGGUCCAGUGGCACUAGUCGCUGCACCAAAGAGGGGGUAAGUGGGGAGAUGAGGAUCAGUGAACAACCUUCAGACUGUCUAGAAAGGGGUCAGGCACCACUCCACCACUCUCUGUCCUACUCUGUACCCCCACCCUUACACAUGGGUUCUGCUACUGGAGGGGCACACCCCCAUCCACAUCCUCAUGCUCACCCGCAUACACAUCCUCACCCAGGGGGGUUCCACUGCCUUCAGCUCCACCCUAGUCACCCACACCACCCACAUCAUUCCCACCAUACACACCACCACCCAGACUUUUUCUGCCCGCCCCCUCCUGCUCCUCUAGCUAACCCUGCCUCACAUGAGAGGGGGCCAGCCAAUGUGGGGCGAGAACCUAAAGUCACAGGGCCUACAUUUGUGCCGUCUGUGGCAGACCUGGGGGACAAAUCUAGUGGACCAUUCCAGCUUGGUAACCCUGACUGCCAGGGUGUUGGUGGUGGAGGGGGAGGUGGCAAUACCAAGGAUAAGGUAAUAGAAAAGAAUGGAGGCGGUGGGCACCAUGGUAGUUGGCACAGAAAACAACAACAACAGCAGCAACAGCAACAGCAACAGCAACAACAACAACAACAACAACAGCAACAGCAGCAGCAGCAACAACAACAACAACAACAGCAACAGCAGCACCCAUACAGAAAAACAGAGAAGGCUCCAGAUUGGAUGCAGUCACACCACCAACACCUUCAGCCCUCACAGCUUCCUCCACCUCCCCAACUACAACAGCCCCCACAUCCUCAACAGCAGCACCAGGUUGUAAGAUCACGCAGUGCUGAGUGUAUCAACAGCGGUGUGGACAUGGACGUGUUCAGACCCUCACUGCCCCAGGGGCCCAAAGCUGGACACCCUGUCCCUCAUUCUGUCAACACUUCUCCUUACAGAGACUGUUCCCAUCCAGGACCUCCACCCAAUUCCUCCCCACUUGGAAGUAAAAGCAUGGGUCAGCAUAGUGGAGCUGGAGCAACCCAUGGCCCUGGUCCUGGAGGUAGCUGCUCCUUACAGAGAGAUGGACAAAAGGUAGCCAGGAUACGCCACCAGCAGCAUGGCCGACCUGGCCCAGAUGCUCCUUCUCCUGCUGAGUUGAACCAAGCGACUAGUCAGGAGCUGAAAAGAAAGAUGGACAUGUCUCCUUAUGGUUACAGCAACAGCAGUGGGCAGCACCACCACCAGCAGCCCCCGGUGCCACCCUGGGCCAUGAGGCCUCCCCACCACAUGUCACAACCUGAGGACGAGCAGAGGAAGUCCUACAUGGAGUUAGGAAGCACUGGUGGGCAACACUCCCAGCAGCAACAGCAGCCGGGAAUGAGCCUGCCUCCUCCCCAGCCUCCUCCUGCACCUUCCCUUAGUCAGCAACAGCAGCAGUCACAGCAGCAACCCGAGGCCCAGGGCCCAACUCAGGGGGAGAGCAGUGCCAUGAAAAGCUUACUAAAGUACAGCAACCAGCAACAGCCACUCCUCCUCUCCCAAAAGAGCCCCUUUGGGGGGCUGGGUAGCCUCAAAUCAGGUCCUGCUGGGGGGAGCUGUGCCCUGCAGGGCAACAAACAGACUCUACCUUCCAGAAAGGGCCCAACCAAUGACAACGACCGCCCUGAUUACAGUGGGCGGAGUCGGGAAAUGGGGGAAACAGGUCACGGGGAAAGUGAGGUGCGGCAGCCGCCGGUGGGAAUUGCAGUGGCUGUGGCAAGACAAAGGGAGCCACCUUGUCGUUCAGCAGACGGUCAUCCCAACAGCCGACAGGGCAGGGUACAUCCCUCAGUGAAAGGACCGCCCCGCUCCAUGUAUCCCUCAGAUCUUACAGCUGAAGAGGAGAGGAAGAGGAUGAGUGGUGAACAAAUAGGUCUGACUUGCCUGGACAGAGAGAGAGAUGCAUAUAUCAGGGAUAAUAAGGAAAGGGUGGAGUUUGCAAGAAUCCAUCCCUCCAACAGCUGUCACGGAGACCUCACCUCUCAUCUCAUGGUCCCAGGCGGGACUUCCCUCCAGUCUGGCCAGUUAGGAGAUCCUGCUGCACAUUCUGCUCACCAUCAUUGGAUGCCAAGAACUGGAAGCCCGUCCCUCUGGAUGACAGGACACUCUUAUGCAGGUAUAGGUCAUACAGCCCUGCACCAGAAUCUGCCCCCAGGCUUCUCUGCAGCCAUGCCAGGCUCCCUGCAGCCAGUCCUGCCUCUGCCUCAGGACCCCUCUGCCCAGCUGGUGGUCCUGCCCACAGAGCCUCCCGCCCAUCCUGCCACUCAUCACCUGGAUGUGAUGGAGCAGCCAGGGCUGUGGCCCCCUGUGUAUGGCGCCCGGGGCCCACCCUCCCACAUGCAGCAUCCUGCUGUGUACUCGCGAUCCCAGUUUCUACGGCAACAGGAGCUGUAUGCUCUCCAGCAGCACCAACAGCUCCAGCAUCAGCAUCAGCAUCAACAUCAGCACCAGAGCCACCAGUCACAGCAAGCACAACCACAGUCUCAAGCCCAGCAGCAGCAGCAGCAGCAGCACAGAGCUGCGCAUGGCAUGGACAUGCAACAUCAUGCCAGUCACAAUUCACAGAUGCAGAAGAGGCCCGAUGAGACCUCGGUUGAACUAGAGGAACUCAUUUCGGAACCCAGAACGUCUAAACCGGCCAAGCCCUACUCUUAUAACCCACCUCAGAGGAACACCUCUCCCGCUGGGUCCUGCGCUGCUCACCUGUCCCCUUGUUGCCAGUCCCCCUCACUACGACCACAUCCCAAAAGCACUCCCUCAACACCCUGCCCUGCUCCCAGCCCUGCUGCUGUAGCCCCUCACUCACCUGCCAUCAGCCCUGCCCCACCACAGAUGCCCAAGGGGGCCGAAUCCCAGGACAAGAGAGGAGAGGGACAGCCCCCACAGGAUUACCCAGAGUCUCUGGAGCCUGACUUGCCUCCUGGAUACACCUACCCUGCUAUUGCCAUUGGCUACAGGAGCGGGCCCUCCCCCCAGGAUGUUCGACUGGCUGAGCCAGCCGACCUGGAAGCAGUCCAAGUUGAGCCUGCUGAGCAUGCUCCCCAGUCCCUCUCCACUCUGGGGGAGGGGUUGGACUGCCAAGCGGUGGUCAGGCCACUCCCAGAGCCCCUCCCACCUAAGGAAGUGGAACAAGAAGAGGAGGAAAGAGUUGUUGAGAGAGUUCUGGAGCAAAGGGAGGAGGUGGAUGUGACAGCAGCCAAAUAUGUGCCUGGAGAGACGGAGGUGGAGGAGCAGGGGCCCGCUGAGGAAGAGGUCCUGGUUUGCCCCCCUGCUGAGAGCCCAGUGUGCGAGGCUGCUUCCUGUCCAGUCCCCCUUUCAACAGAGGAGCCUGAAAGGCCAGGGGCUGUCAUCACCUUGGAAGAGGAAGAGGAUGAUGAGGCGGUGGGUGAGGAGAGCCAGGUGGAGCAUGCUCAAAAGGUCAACAUGCCUGGAGAUCAGGAUCCAGAGCUACCCACCAUCAUCGAGCUUGACCCCGUUUCCCCUGCAGCCACUGAGUCGCAGUCCCCAGCCCUUGAGGGAGCAAAGGACAGCAAGCAGCAGCACAAGAACGAGAUGACCCAUGAUGAUGCCUCAGUGGAUUUUGUCUGUCUUUCCCCUGCCUCAGCUUCCGCCUGUAGCCCGAGCCAGGCAACUGUUGCUGUGCCCCACAAACCUCUUGUGCCCUGCUACUGGAGUCUGGAGCUGCUGAUUGCUGCUGCCUUCUGCACAGACGUACCUCCAUUUCCCUUGUUCCCUCUUAGCACCCCAUCGGUUGCCCCAUCACAGCCCAACCCCCACCAGGGUAUGGAGCUUCUGAGUGAGCUGGCAGAUCUGGAGCUGCAACAGCAAAAGCGCACCUGUGGGAAAAGUCAGGAAGAGGAGUUGCUGAUGUUUGACCUCCAGAGCCUUGCCACCCUGGCCACAGCCCGUGCACUGGAGAUGGGCUCCCAGGAGGGCAGCAGCACAGGUUCAGGGCGACACUUCCCAGCCCGCAGGAUCCUCAAUUUACGCAGGAAAUGCAGCUGGACACCUCGCAAUGAACCAGUGUGCCCGGCCAAAGGUACCAUGGAAACAAUGGAUGGUCCUGAGCUCGCCAUGCGUAUGAAGUUGGCUGAGCUACAGCGUCGCUACAAAGAGAAGCAAAAGGAGCUAGCCAAACUUCAGAGGAAGCACGAUCAUCAGAAGGAGGAAACACCUCGCAGCCCAGCGCGACGAGGACCCGGGCGGCCAAGGAAGCGGAAACCCACCCUCACCACAGGUCCAGUGUCCUCAUCUGAGGGCCAAAGAAAAGUCAAUGGUCCACAGUGUUCCCAGCUGCCCCUCUGCGAUGUCACCUCCACUCUGCUUCCACCCAUGUACCCCUGCCCCCUUGCCAGGCCAGCACUGAUCGGAGUGGGGACGCUGAUGCUGGUUGACAAUGACACCCAAAUGAAAGGGUCGAUGGGGGCGGGGCUUGCCCUGUUGCCUGAGGAUCUAGGAGGGGGCGGAGACAGCCAGAGAAGGAAGAAGAGGCUGUCCAGUCGAGGCAUUGAGCGACUCAGCAGCACACAGCAGAUAAAAGCACAGGGCUGCAAAAAAAGCAGUCUUCACAGCAUGCUCAGCUCCAAGCUGGCCGGUGAUGUGACUCAGCUCAAACAAAAAGCCCAGGGUAAAAAGAAUCUCUCAGGGACAGGCUCCAGGGACAAGGAGGUUUCACCCUGCAACUCCAACCCCAAGCAUAGACACAGAAGCCAGGGCAUAAGCAAAGCUGAAUCCAGGCGAGAGUCUGGGGGACAAAGUGACACAGCAGCCAGUGUCGACAGUGGCCCCCAGGAGAGCUGGACUGGACUGGUGCGCCAUGGACGUAAAAAGGGAUCCACCACCCUUAAGCAGGGUUCUUCCCAUCUGAACCAGCCCAGAGCCAGGGUUCUCCGUGGCCACAGGCAGGAAGCAAUGGAGGAGGGAGAUAGCUCCCCUGCAGAGAGUGACUACUCUGAUCAAGAAGAUGAAGAAGAAGAAGGCAGUUAUGAUACUGACGAAGGUCAAGACUACAGAGCACAGCCCCCCAGAGACAUCACUUCUAGCUCCUCUGUGACAGGUCCGAGUCCCUCAUCUGUUGUAAAACUGGAGGCCAAUCAGAAAGCCAGGAACAAAAAACAGAGACAGGAGCUUUAUGGCUCCCAGAGUCUGUCUGGAGCAGAAGGGGAGGUCAAAGUAAGAAAGAAGACCCCCUGUAGGCUGGGCCUGGCCACUGCAGUCAAAAACCACCAUGAAGAUCACCGGCCUGAAGGAGUUAGAAGGCCAUGUGUAUCGAGGUCUAAAGAGCCUCGGUGGGGCAACCUUGGGACCAGAGGCAACCGCUACCGGAGAAGCAUGGGACUGGCCACCUUCCCGACCACCAGUGAGAGGCUAAAGAGGGCGACCCGCAAGAGCACCAUGUUGAGAGGAGCAAUCAAUAAGAGGAGAAAUUGCUGGUCAGUUGGGGCACCAUCUUUGCAGAGUGAGGAGGCUAGCAGGGGACGAAGGACCAAGGACCAACAGCCAAAGGGACGAGCGGUGAGUCGGCUGCUGGAGAGCUUUGCAGCUGAUGAGGGCUUUCAGAUGGAUGGCAGCAGCUUCUCAGAAGAAGAGGAAGACAGCCGCCAUUCAUACAACAACAAAAGCCCCGAAGUUCCUAAUUGUGUCCUGACCAAAGAGCUCUUGACUGAUGGACUGAAGGUGCUGAUCUCCAAGGAGGAUGAGCUCCUAUACGCUGCCAGGGUCCACACUCUGGAGAUCCCCGACAUCUUUAGCAUUGUUAUUGAUGGUGAAAGAGGAAACCGCCCAAGAAUCUAUUCAUUGGAGCAACUGCUACAGGAAGCUGUCCUGGAUAUACGUCCAGAGUCAGAGACUAUGCUCAGGGAAGGAACCAGGGUGUGUGCUUACUGGAGCGAACGCUCACGCUGCUUAUACCCAGGCUAUGUUCGCAGAGUUGGUUCAUCUGAUGAAGGGAAGCAAGGAGGAGUGAUGGUAGAGUUUGAUGAUGGAGACCGAGGGAAGAUUUCUCUCCCAAACAUCCGUCACCUGCCUCCAGGAUAUCAGAUUCACUGUGGGGAGUCAUCUCCUGCCCUGCUGGUACCCGGCGGGACAACAGCCAAGAGAAGUUCUAGUCUGGAGCAGGCCCCAAUCAGUGACAGACCAUCUGACAGACUCAACACUAUCAACAGUGUAAUAAACAGCCAAACUCUAACUGUUCACAAAAGAAGACCGGGGAGACCAAAGGGUUCUGGGAAAAAACAAAAGCAGCAGCAGCAAGCUGAGAAUGCCAAUAAAAAUCCCUCACCGUUCCUGGGUUGGCCUUUGUUGGCCAACACCAGGAAGAGGAUGUCCGACAACUUAUUUCAGCUGAACGGGGCACCCAGGAAGGCCAUGAGAGGGAAAGAGGAUGACCUGUUCCCCUUACCUCAGACCCAGCCAUUGGCAUCCACCCCAGCCAAAGGCCUUUUCAGCAGCAGCUCCUUUGAGGUGGACUCCUUCAGCAGCAUUGCAAAUGGCUACUCAUCUUUCUGUACUCAGUCUACAGGGCCAAGUCCAGGUUUAUCUAUGGGUCCCAGAAGUGGGCUGUAUGGCCAGAGGCGCAGGCAAGAUGAGCUUGUUAUGCCAAGGGGCAGGAAGUCUGGACAAGAGUUCCUGGUUAAGUUAGACCAUGAAGGAGUGACCUCCCCCAAGACAAAGAACAGCAAGGCUCUGCUGUUGCGAGGUGGAUCUUCCAGUGUCAGUGGUAUGCCCAGAACAGAGGCUUACUCUCACCCAGUCCUUCUGGUUAAAGACAACAAAAAGGGCGGUGCCUCCAGGGUAGAACUUCUCGUGAAAGGAACCACACCUCAAAGAAAGCCCUCCCUUCCUAUGCGUCUCGGUGAAUAUAGCGACUUGGGUUUCAGCUAUCACAGAGAGUGUCACAGCUCCUACUCUGAUCUGGAUGAUGAAGAAGAAGAGAGGAGGAGAGCUGCACUGGCUGCUGCCUCAGGAGGACUAAGGACGGCUGGCCGCUUCCUGUCUCGUCUUUCUGUCUCCUCCUCCUCUUCUGGUUCUUCAAGCUCCUCCUCUUCAGGCUCUCUCUCUAGUUCCAGCCUGUGUUCCUCUGACAAUGAUUCUUCCUACAGCUCAGAGGAUGAGGACAGUUCUACACUGAUGCUUCAGAGUUGUAUGUCUUCCCACCGGGGGCUCCUGCAACCCUCUGAACCCUCCACUUCUUCAAGGCCGCACCAGCACUCCUUUGUGGCCAAAGCUGUGGCUGUUUCCAAUGCCAAAGGAGGUCCCCCUGACCAGGUCUCCAACAGCAAGUCCCUGAAGAGGAAAGAAUGCAGCAGUUCCUCCUCUAAACCAUGUAAGGAUUUCUUGAAGAAACCUAGGAUGCUCCCAGAUGACACCUCAUUUAUUCCAAGGCCCAAGAUGUCUGCAUUCCUUUCAGGACGACAAAUGUGGAGGUGGUCAGGAAACCCUACGCAGCGGCGAGGUCUAAAGGGCAAGGCCAGGAAGCUUUACUAUAAGGCCAUUGUGCGAGGCAGAGACACAGUGAGAGUGGGAGAUUGUGCUGUGUUCCUCUCAGCUGGACGCCCUAACCUACCAUACGUAGGUCGAAUUGAGAACUUCUGGGAAUCCUGGACCUCCAGCAUGGUGGUCAAAGUAAAGUGGUUCUAUCACCCUGAAGAGACCAAGCUUGGCAAGAGGCAUAGAGAUGGCAAGCAUGCCCUGUACCAGUCAUGUCAUGAGGAUGAGAAUGACGUCCAGACAAUCUCUCAUAAGUGCCAGGUGGUGAGCAGGGAGGAGUAUGAGUGUCUGACUCGCAAUCAGAAGCCGAACAGUACCUCCCCAGACCUCUACUACCUGGCUGGGACGUAUGACCCCACCACUGGUCAGUUGGUCACUGCUGAUGGGGUUUCCAUCCUGUGCUGAACCUCCAUGAGGACACUACUGAAGGACCCCUUUGGAGGAAGAAUAGAAGUCCAUGACUUUUCCUACAACACCCUCCAGCCUUGGAAGACAACAAGUGUUCCUUGGGUAUGCCUCAAGGACCCAUGGACUAAAUGUCAGCACCAAAGCAUGGCUGUCUGAGGUUACACACUGGAGUCUACUGGCGUCUAACCUUCCUCGAAGUGAAGGGGAUGUCGAUAACUGGUUAAUCCUUUCAAAAAGAAUAGUAGUAAGUCUGGGUCUUCCUGGGCAAAUUCAAUAAGUGGAGUUUCAGUCGUCUAACUAAUCUCUUUUUAAUGGAUCCAUGUGAUUGACAGCUUCAUAAAUGGUUUUAAGACUCAUGUUUCCAGCUCCUAUCAUAUGUCACCAAAAGAGAGCUGAGAGUACAUUUGACUGUGCAAAGUACCAUGAGGCUGAAAAGUCUCUGCGGACCAAUUCUUAAAAGGUAGCCUUACCUAAGGGAAUGGAAACGAAAGUGAGGCAUGGGCCUCUCCCUAGACUUCUUCAUUCCAAGGAAGUUAAAAACAUGUAAAGGAUGUAAAGUUGAUGUCUGUAAAUAUUUAGAAUUUUUCCCAAUCAAGCCAUACACUUCAGUACCUCUCGCCUGUCUUAACUGUUCAGGUGUACAUUGUACAGUUCAAUUAUUGUAUUGUUGUCUGUUGUCUAUAUGUACAUAAAAGCUAUUUUAUAUAGGAGUUUAUUGUAUAUAUGAGAUGUAUCUUUCCAUGUUUGCGAUUGAUUUAUUUUUAUAUGGGUGUAGAAAACAUUAUGUUGUUUUUCUUUUGCUUUGGGAAGUCAAGAUUGGAGAUGUUAGUGUUGCACUGCAUAUGCCCUGCUGAGACAGAGAAACAGACAGAGCACAAAGACAGAAGGAUUUAGUCUAUAACAGGACAAGACUCACUUUCUGAGAGAUAGGGGUCAUCCUGUUUAAAAAAUAGGUCAACUGGCUUUUUGUAAAAGUGUUCUGUUACUUCGCAUUUUUGUUAUCCUAUUUUAAAAACACCUUUUUAUUUAUGUACCUCUCAGUUGGUCAUCAUCACAAGGCAGAUCCCACUGGACUGCAAUCACGGGUCAAAAAUGAUUUAAGAUUAAUGAUAUGAGUAUACCAUUUUGACACAAUAUUUGUGUGCGAUGAGUGUCCUGGCAUCACUAUAAUCAUGUCCACACAAAUCAAUUUAGAACAAGACUGGGUCUUUUAAUGAAAAUGUGUUAAAUGUGCAUUGUACUCAUGACUGCAUACUUUAGCACAUUAUGACCUACAAAAUACCAAAGUGUCUUUAAUAUCUUUAUUUUCCUUUAUUUAAAUUUAACAUUAUGUCAUGCACCUGUACUCAACUCAAAUCAGAAAUCACUGGUAACUUAUAGAAUACUUGUCCUCCACUAUGUGCAUAUAUAUUGGCUUUGCAUUGUGACAAUGGUUUCUUGCACAUUUACCUGCAGUUUUGUUUAGUGCAAACAUAUGCAGCAAAAGGCCACCUGGGAGUGUGACUAUGAAGGUCAAGGUACUGACAAAGUAAGAUGUUGAGUACUGACAAUUUGUUGGAAUUAAUCUAUUUCAGUUUCAUCAGCCAUCUGUGUCUAUUUUGUACAGUACACGCACAUACUCAAUGCUAACUGUGAAGGACAAUCAGAUUCACAAAGCAAUGGACAUAGAGUAGGUUCACUCAAUCUGAAAAUUAAUUAAGUUUAUUUAAUUUGUGCCAAGUACUUUUUGUCUAUUUUUUGUCUUGUUUGAUAUGCAAUCCUGAGUAUUCUUUGUUCACAAAGUUUUAUUUUGUUCGCCAACAUUUUAUUUAUUGUCAUUGUUGCUGUUUGUUCAUGCCAAGAGCGCUUUAUGAGAAUGUGACAUUGUUUUUCUUGGUGUGAUGUCGCAUUUGCAUUUCUUAAAUAAAACUGGUCUUGUAGAGGCCAUCUAGUGAAAAGAAAUAAAGCAACACUGGAUUCUUCUCAUCCAAAACCCUCUGUGAAUUAAUUCUGUUAUUCUGGCUGUGUCCCCUUCAUCUUAUUGCACCUGCCAUUUCCCAUCAACACAUUUAUGUUAAACCCAGAAUUUUUGCACCUACUACUGUUUUUCAAAACGUUUUUUUUUUUUUUAAAUCAGAUUUUAGAAACAAUUAUUUUGCUGCUUUAAACACAGAAAUAGUGACGGUGGGUGUCAGAAACAAACAGGGUAAGACAUUUCCGACGGUCCACUUGAAUUCUGGAAUAGGUGGCUUGAACAAGGUUUUGAUAUUGUCUUUGAAAGAGAAUAAAUUGAAUUUUGUCAUUGAAAUGGGUCAAACAGACGCAAGAUUGAUACCAAAGAGACACUGUUUUGAGAACAAACUAACCCAGUUCACAUGCAUUAGGAACCCUUUUCGACAAAUAUCUAAGACAGAAUUUUAUGGUGUUUUUAAAAGAAAGAAAAAAAGUGCAAAAGCUUACCCUUUAACACAAAUGGAGUAACUGGUUCAGACAGAGUUCUUACAUUGUGCAUGUCAUCAGCUAAACAGUAACAACAAUCACCAGGCUAGUCAACAAGUCCACAAGGAGUCUUUCUGACAAACUUGGACUCGUUUUUUUUAUUUGUGCUGGCUUUGCUGCAACUGGUUAUAUUGUUUUUUCCUACCUAUAUUACACGGGUGAAUUCCCCCCUAACCAUCCCCCAGCCUCCACCUGUUCUAGUUUCUUAUUACUAGACGUGGUGAUGGCAGCUCUUGCCUUGUUGUGCAUUAUGUAUAUCACAUAUCUCAUUUAUAUAUGUGCGCUGGGUUCUGUUUUUUAUACCCCAUUGGGAGUUUUAAUGUGCUCCCCUUAGAAUUUUGAGGCUACUUGAAUUCAUUUGUAAAGCACCAUCGAGCACAAGGCCACUUUUCUGCCAAAUUCUUUUAUUUGUUGCAAUAAAUCCUUUGAUGUAAGUGUCUCUGGCUGAACUAAGUUUAUGUGAGCUUUGAGUUCCUUAGUAAAUAGAGACAGAUCUGUCACAGCAUCAAAUAAAGCCUACUGGGUUUAGCUGCCAAGCUCUGUAAAUAUGAUGUUGACUGACUGAAUUUCGUGAUUCAUGAUAAAGUACAUUUGCCUACUUUCUUUUUAAAAUGAACUGGUUCUUUGUUGGUGUAUCUAUGGGGUUAGGGAAAACCAGGACAUCGGCCCAAAAGCUAACUAAAACUACCAUUUUGUCCCAAGCCUUUGAAAGAAGUCUGUCAGCAUUCAGUGUGUUAAUGUUUUCAAGAUUUGUAAAUGUGUAAUUUCUGUAUUUGUGCUGCAAUUUUUACUAAUACAUCUGUGGUAAAGGAUCAAGAUUUUUAUAAAUGAAUAAAUACCAUAACAAAAAAUGUAAGAUUUUAUUCAAAUUGAAUGUUUGUUUCUGAUCAAAAUAAAGGGAUUUAUAUAUA